UACUAAAACUCAAAUCUAUUUUUAGAAUUCGGAAUUCCCAAAGAAAAGUCGAAAGGAAAUUUUGUUUUUAUACAUUUACUUAUAUUUCCAUUUUCGUUCGAGCGAAAUAAACAAGAAUAAGUUCGUGUAUUUCUUGCAUUACUUUUAACAGCAAGAAUGAGUACAACAGUUUUACCAAGCCAAGCAUCUCUACAACAAGAGGUCGCAUGUGUGAACGAUGACACAGAGGAUGUACAAUGUGACUCGCUACGGGUAGAUAACAAUCGAACAGGCUUAUCAGAUCUACACCAGUGUCUAAUUGACAUAGAUGAAGAAGUAGGGGAAGAAGAGUUAGAAGGUUUUAAAUUCUUGUGUCGAGAUCAUAUUUCAGUCUCAAAACUUGACAGAGCACAAACAUGUCUGGAGAUUUUUGAUAUCAUGCAGAAAAUGGUCCUUAUAGAUGUCAACAAUGUAGACUUUCUGCUGGAAUGUCUUGGACGUGUUCACAGAUUUGACCUCGUUAGGAAACUUGGUUUUCAACCAGAUGCUGUGAGAGACCAUUUACCCAACUUUAAGAAGCUCUACCCAUUCAGAACUUUACUAAUGGAUAUAACAGAAGACCUGGACGACCAAGAAACAGAGAAAAUUCGUUUCUUCCUGAGAGGCAAAAUACGCAAGAAACUCUUAAAUGAGAAAAGAUCCUUGUUACAGUUAUUUGUGUUUAUGGAGCAGGAGGGACUUCUGGCUCCCAGCAACCUUCAGCUCUUGACAAAAACCAUGGAGUCAGUCAGAAGAGGAGACCUGGUGGAUAAGAUACGAGAAUAUCAAGGUCUGCCCCCAUUAAAGAGACAUGAACCUGGAUUACCGAGAAAUCUUAAUCCCACUGUACCGUCACAGCACCAAGUCAAUGUAGGACCAAAUGAGCAUGUUAACAGAGCUUUUUCACAAGAACCACACCAACAAAGGGAGGGGCUUGUACAGAGUGGAUCUGCUGGAAACCUACCAGGACAGGAUCAGUCCUCACAGAUUGAGCGGUCUAUCAGUGCUGGUACAUUGAGUGUGCCAAGUGGAGAAUUGGAAGUAUCUAGCAGAGCAACACUUCCAGAACAUCUGAUACUGCAAAUAGCAGAAGAUCUUAAAGAGCAGGUUAAUGAUAUGGGAAUUGAGCUCUUAUUUUCCAAUGCUCAAUUGGCGCAGUAUGAACGUGAGAUCCCUGAUACUAAACAGAGGACUGUAAGAAUAUUACAAGACUGGCAGACAAAUCUUGAUGAUAAAGGAAGGAUUACACCCACACUAUUGUAUGUACUUAACAAACUUGGUUUAAAAAAUGCUUCACAAGCAGUGAAAAGAUGGAUAGAUAGCAUUAAUACUGAUCAAGCUAUUCCACAGCAAAAUAUGGCAGGCUUUGAGCCAUCGGGUCCACCUGGGGAUUCAGAAAAUGUCUGUGUUAGCAUGAGACAUGCUCAAAACGUUGCAGAGCAGAUACCACCACAACAACAUUUGGAAAAUGUACAGGUGGUAGAAAAUCUUCAGCAGCUACACAUUAGUCCAAACCAGCUGGCAGAAAACAGAUGUUUGUAUGUGAAUGGUGAAGCUGUUUAUAGGGUAGGAGAGCAGAUUGUUAUUAACCCAGGAGUAAGCCGACAACUUCAGCCAAUGGUAAUACCAGGUCAGGGUGAAGGUCAAAUAUUACCUGGACAACAAGGGCAAGGUACUGCAGUGGGUAAUCCAGCUAGGGUGUCUGGACCGGUUCUUCAAGGUCAAGGUCGGCAAAGUGAAGGGUUAACUGCACCACCACCUCUGAAGCAGUACAGAAUGAACAGAGAUCCUAGAGGUUGGUGUGUGAUCAUCAAUAAUGAAAAAUUCCAUGUAGAUCGCGGAGAUAGGGAAAGCAAAGAAAUGCCCCCAAGGAAUGGCACAGAAAGGGAUGCAGCGAGUUUGGAGCAUAUGUUUAACAAACUUGGAUUUAUUGUGCAAAGACACAACAACUUAUCCAAUACACAGAUGAUGAACGUUUUGAUAGAUGCUGCCCAUAAUGUUGAUCAUACUUGUUUUGAUUGUUUUGUUUGUUGUAUUCUGACACAUGGUGUGUUGGGUCAUUUGUAUGGAUCCAAUGGCGUCCUUAUUUCCAUCCAGGACCUGACAUCAACGUUCCAGGCUAAUCGUUGUCCUACGCUGGCUGGAAAACCAAAACUCUUUUUCUUACAAGCCUGUCAGGGUAGAGAUAAAAUGGAAGGUGGGGCAAUUCAGCAGGAUGGACCAACUCCAAUUCCUGACAAGAAUAAUGAUAUUUCUACAGACCAAGGAGAUUCAAAAGAAAUGAUCCCAAAUGAAGCAGAUUUUCUGCUUGGCUAUGCAACCGUUCCUGGUUACGUGUCAUUCAGAAGUAGGAACCAUGGAUCCUGGUACAUUCGAAAGCUUUGUGAACUGUUAGAAAAAUAUUCCAACAGCUAUGACCUGAUGAGUAUUCUCGUAGAAGUAAACAGAGAGGUUGCCAAUGCCAAUGCUAGUAUGGAUGGUGGAUUGUAUAAACAGAUUCCUGCGCCACUCGUUACAUUGAGAAAACAGCUGUUCUUCGGGAAAUUAAGCCAACCUCCACGUGUGUAGAUAUAAUCCAGACUAUGCUUACGUUAUUUUACAUAAACUGACACUGUGGCAAUUUGUCAGUGUAUACAUCAACUUCGCUGUGAUAGCAACAUGAAAAUGCUUACUAGUAGCUAAAGCCAAUCCUUAUUUGUUUGAUCCUUAUUUUAAUUCUGUUUCAACUGAAAGGAGUUCGAUUCUGAAGGCACUUGGAGAUGAAGUGGGACAAAGGUUGCCCAAAAUUAAUGGUCUAAUAUGCCUUUCAUUAAUAGUAAAUAAUAUUGGGUUCUUUAAAAAACAGCUCUAGCACAUUAAAUGUACUGCAGAGUGUUAGGGUUCCUUGUAUAAAAGGAGACGCAGUGUAUUUUUUUAGUUAUUUACAUCAAAUCUGAAAUUGGUACGAAAGAUGCGUAUGGUUUGGAAUAACAUUUUUUCCUUAUUACAUUACGUUUUGAAGGUAAUGGUGUGUUCAACGUGUUAAAUGCAUAGAUUAUGUCCAUGUUGAUAUCAUGCAAUCAUUCAUAGAUUGUUUUUGUGUUUAUGUUCUGUUCCUGCAUAUUUUGCAUGCAUUUUAGAAAUAAUACAAUGUUUGAAACUUGAAAGAAAAAGAAUUCAUUUUCAUUUGUACAAACAUUUGACUUCUAAAAAAUUAAAGUUGACGUAUGUUCAAAGCUUAAUUAUUAUUAAAGAGAUUUUUUAGCAAAAUUGUGCUUUAAUAGAUUUUGCAUUGUAAGAGGUCUAGAAGAUCUCAGUGCCAGAAUAAUUUUUGCCACAAAACUAACGGUAGAAAUCAACUGCAAACUCCCCGCAGCGAUUGCCUCCCCUUGAGCUACAUUUAGUUGUCUCGCUGCAUAGGAGGUUAAAGCUGCAUCAGAACCCUCGAAAAACUUUAAUAAUACGGACAUUUUAUGGUAAUUGAUGUGAGAUAAGGAAAUGAUUCAUUGAUAUGACUCAGACUGCGCUUCUAGUGUUUUGUUGAAGAAAAAGAACAAAUUUUGACUUGACCAAAUAGACAGAAAUGCUUAAGAAGUUAUUCUGUAUAGUAAAUUGAAGCUUAAUCAUUGUCAUUGAACUUACUCAGAGGCAGUCAUCGUGAUUUAUGUAAAACGCUAAUUGAUGAAGUUUUUUCAGUUGUCGGUAAUUGUAUAUAAAAUUGAAGCAAGUCAAAACUUCUAGGCAAUAUUUAUUUAUUUAUAGAGAUACUAAUUUGAUUUAUAUGAUAUAUGGAAAAAAACUGUUUUCUGCAUAAGUCAAGCAGGAAAACGUUAAGAGAACUUUGUUGUAAUUUGUUUGUCAUUUUUGUAUCAUACAGUAUUAUACGAUAUUGAUAUGUGGUAGGUAGAUGGACGUGUUAUUAAAAUUUAAAGAGGACAUGACAAUGAAACAUUCACUUAAAAUUAAUAGUGUAGUAUGACAAUAUUAUUCAUUAUCCAUGUAUGUUCCUGAAUGUUUUCAUUUGGUUGUCCAGUGGAUAAAAUUGAAUUUACAAUUUAUACUGUCACAGUGUCACUAUUCAUAGUCACUGAGAGUGAAUAAGAAAUUAAUGCAUUAAAACAUCAUUAAAUUCAGUAAAUUGCGAUACAUGUAUAUUUAUAUUAGUAAGACGUUUGUUGAUUGUGUAAAUAAACAAACCUUUCAUAAUUAUGUUACGGCAUAUGAUGAUGUUUGAAUGUAUAUUUUAUCAAGUUUUUGGCUAUAUUGAUGCAACGUUUGUUAUUAAAGCUGAACAUGUAAACUAAA